AUGCGAGGAAAAGUCUUUGGGCAGCCUGGACGCCUUCAUGAGGACGACAUGCAGUCACUCUCCUUGAGAUACAAAUUGGCUGUACAGGAAGAUGGAUUCCGGAGGUUCGAAGCGCCGACACCAAGCAAUGGAGCCAGUUUUCGCAUCAUCAUCAUCACCCCGGAUCAAACUGAAUUGAUCAAAAGAUAUGAGUUGAAGCUUGCUACGAUGAUGGUGGUAGACAACUACGGACGUAGUCUACCAGCUGCAUUUCUCUUAGCCAAUAAGAUGGGCAAAGAAGAGAGCGGUUUGCUGUUCGAGGAGACGGUAUUAUCUCAGUCGUCAAGAGAAAUGGGCGCCGUACUACAGAACUGCAGCCAUAGCAAAUACAACCAUGGUUUCGGAACGUUGGCAUCGUACUUUGAAGUACACGCUACUCAAUCGAUCAUCGAACCGCCGGGCACACGAAUUGGUGCAGAUUUUGAUUAG